GGUUGUCUAAACAAUAUUUUAAAACCACGCCAUUAUAUAACCUUAAAAACUAAAUACUAUAUUGAUUUUGACCGAGUGAAAAUGCAUUCGACACGUUUGGUUUUAACUAAAUCCCUCAAGCACAUGAGAUUUAUCUCUAGAUGUGCGAGAUUACAGACUGGGGCAGCAGUCGAGACAGCGUCACCUGCAGAGAACUUGACGAUACCGCCUCCAUCCACUGCAGAGAAACCUGUGUCACCAAAGAUAGAGAAACUGGUCAGUGAAAUAAGCCAAUUGAACUUAAUUGAAGUCUCUGAACUUAGUGGCUUGCUGAAAACCAGGUUAAAUUUACCAGAUGCCCCUGUUAUGGCAAUGGGUGGCUUUGCAGCAGCCCCAGCAGAGGAGGAAGAUGAAGUUGUGCCGCAGAAGGUUCAAUCUUCUUUCACAGUGAAACUCAUGAAGUUUGAUGAUACAAAGAAGGUGGCUCUUAUUAAGGAGAUCAAAGCCUUACUCGAAGGCAUGAACUUGGUGCAAGCAAAGAAAUUUGUUGAAAGUGCCCCCACAGUGGUUAAGGCAGACAUUGCCAAGGAUGAGGCUGAGAAACUGAAGGAAGCGCUCACAAAGGUUGGAGCAGAGAUAGAAAUUGAAUAGGUUCUGGACAGUAGUUGCAUAUAUUAUUAAUAGCUUUGUAUUUACUUCUAAUUAAAUAAAUUUAGAGAA